AAAAAACAUUAAUUUUUGUAUUUGUUUUCAUCAAAUGCAAAUACAAGAUUUCUCCAUUGAGACCUUUUCGACCGUAAACCGAUUGCGAUCAAAUUAGCUGAUCUGAUCGGAAAAUCACAAGAAAACCCUAGAAAACUCCUCCGGAUUCGAAUUCUCGACUCGAUUCAAUGUAUCAAUUGAGAAAAUUUGACUUCUUCGAGGAGAAAUACGGAGGCAAGAUACCUGAGGAUGUAACCGGAGAUAUACAAUGUUGUUCCAGUGGCCGUGGCAAAGUCGUCAUCGGCUCUAACGACGGAUCCGUCAGCUUCCUCGAUCGCGGUGUAAAGUUCGAUUCCGGUUUCCAAGCUCACUCUUCCUCCGUCCUCUUCCUUCAACACCUCAAGCAAAGGAACUUUCUCGUCACCGUCGGAGAAGAUGAACAAAUAUCGCCGCAACAGUCAGGGAUGUGUCUUAAGGUUUUUGAUCUUGACAAAGUUCAGGAGGAAGGUACUAGUUCCUCGGCUCCUGAAUGCAUUGGUAUUCUUAGAAUUUUCACCAAUCAGUUUCCUGAAGCUAAGAUUACUUCUUUUCUAGUCUUGGAGGAAGUUCCACCAAUAUUGCUUAUAGCCAUUGGCUUAGAUAAUGGCUGCAUUUAUUGUGUCAAAGGAGACAUUGCACGAGAGCGUAUCACUCGGUUUAAGCUUCAAGUGGAUGGACGGUCCGCUAUUACAGGCUUGGGGUUCAGGAUGGAUGGCCAAGCGCUUCUGUUGUUUGCAGUCACUCCAGAGUCAGUCAACUUGUUUAGUAUGCAGGCGCAGCCACCGAAAUUGCAGACUUUGGAUCAUAUUGGGGGCAGUGUGAAUACUGUUACAAUGAGUGACCGCUCGGAAUUAAUAGUUGGUCGACCUGAGGCUGUUUACUUCUAUGAAGUUGAUGGACGUGGUCCUUGCUGGGCUUUUGAAGGAGAGAAAAAAUUCAUGGGGUGGUUCCGUGGCUACCUUUUAUGUGUCAUUGAUGAUUCUAAAACUGGGAACACUGUUUUUAAUGUCUACGACCUCAGGAAUCGGCUUAUAGCAUAUAGCAUUGUCGUUGAUAAAGUCUCCAACAUGCUCUGCGAAUGGGGAAACAUAAUACUUAUAAAGGCUGACAAAUCCUUAUUGUGCAUUACCGAGAAGGAUAUGGAAAGCAAGUUAGAUAUGCUGUUCAAGAAAAACCUGUACACAGUAGCUAUUAAUCUUGUCCAGAGUCAACAUGCCGAUGCUGCUGCUACUGCCAAUGUGAUGAGGAAGUAUGGAGAUCAUUUAUAUGGCAAACAGGACUUUGACGAAGCUAUGUUACAGUACAUUAACACAAUUGGUUAUCUUGAACCAUCAUUUGUGAUACAAAAGUUUCUGGAUGCACAGAGGAUCUACAAUCUUACUAAUUACCUGGAGAAGUUGCAUGAGAAGGGUCUAGCAUCAAAAGACCACACAACUCUUUUGCUAAACUGUUACACUAAGUUGAAGGAUGUAGAAAAGCUGAACACGUUCAUUAGAAAAGAAGAUGGCAUCGGUGAGCUCAAGUUUGAUGUGGAAACAGCCAUUAGGGUCUGUCGUGCAGCUAAUUACCAUGAGCAUGCAAUGUACGUUGCAAAAAAGGCAGGAAAACAUGAGUGGUAUUUGAAAAUUUUGCUUGAAGAUCUUGGAAACUACGAUGAAGCCCUGCAAUAUGUUUCAAGUCUUGAACCCAGUCAAGCUGGGGUAACAAUUGAACAGUAUGGUAAGAUUCUUAUAGAGCACAAGCCAAAAGAGACUAUUGAUAUACUCAUGCGACUUUGCACUGAGCAAGGGAUUCCUAAUGGUGUGUUCCUGUCCAUGUUGCCAUCACCUGUGGACUUCAUCACUGUGUUUGUUCAGCAUCCACAUUCAUUAAUGCAUUUUCUCGAGAGAUAUGCUGAAAUAGUUCAGGAUUCUCCUGCUCAAGCAGAAAUCAAUAACACACUCUUGGAAUUAUACUUGUCUAGGGACUUGAAUUUUCCAUCAAUCUCUCUAUCAGAAAAUGGUCUAGAUAAGGACUUAAUAGAUCAUUCGGUAGCAGCUGCGGUGUCUAAAGCCGAUCCUGAAAAGAAGACAAAUGCUGAUUCGAAGGAUGCAAUGGAGAAGGAUUGUACGGAAAGACAACAGAAGGGACUGGAGUUACUUAAAAUGGCAUGGCCGUCAGACCUAGAGCAACCCCUCUAUGAUGUUGACCUUGCUGUAAUUCUUUGCGAGAUGAAUUCGUUCAAGGAUGGACUUCUGUAUCUGUAUGAAAAAAUGAAAUUUUACAAGGAGGUUAUUGCUUGCUACAUGCAGAAUCAUGAUCACGAGGGACUGAUUGCAUGCUGCAAAAGAUUAGGUGAUUCUAGCAAGGGAGGGGAUCCAUCUCUUUGGGCAGAUCUUCUCAAGUAUUUCGGUGAAAUUGGAGAGGACUGCACCAAAGAGGUGAAGGAGGUUCUCACUUAUAUUGAACGGGAUGAUAUUUUACCUCCUAUCAUUGUUCUUCAGACCCUGGCAAAGAAUCCAUGCCUCACACUUUCUGUCAUCAAAGACUACAUAGCUCGGAAACUUGAGCAAGAGUCAAAAAUAAUUGAAGAGGACCGGCGAGCUGUAGAGAAGUAUCAGGAAACGACUAAAAACAUGAGAAAAGAGAUUGAAGAUCUCAGGACCAAUGCCAGAAUAUUUCAACUUAGCAAGUGUACUGCUUGCACUUUCACAUUGGAUAUCCCAGCUGUCCAUUUCAUGUGUAUGCAUUCAUUCCAUCAACGCUGCCUCGGUGACAACGAAAAAGAAUGCCCCGAGUGUGCUCCCGAGUACAGAUCUGUGAUGGAAAUGAAGAGAAGUUUGGAGCAGAACUCGAAAGACCAAGAUCUGUUCUUCCAGCAAGUGAAAGGCUCGAAGGACGGGUUUUCUGUGAUUGCAGAGUACUUUGGGAAAGGAAUCAUCAGCAAAACUAGAGAUGCAACAUCUUAAUUCUCUUCACGCCUGAAGGGAAGGCGGCUGAAACAUCUCCAACUCAAGUGAGGCCGGCAUAAACUUUGUGGCAUCUGUGUAUUCUGUGAAUGUGAGGUAUCCUUUGAAUCUACUUUAUCGGCUUAGAUAUUGUGUAAGAGUGAGUUGUGCUAGUGAAGUUGGGACUGGCUCUAUGCUUCUUCUUGUAUACAUUUCUGAGAAUCUGUGCCAUCACUCAGGAAAAGAUGCAUAGAUGUCGACAAGUUAUUAUGUUUGUUUUUUUGGUGUAUGUUAUGGUUUUUUUUUUUGGAACACUUAGAGGAGAACGUUUGCAGUAAAUAUGUUGUGGUUUUGAUUUGCAUUCAUUCUGGUAAAAGUCUUGCUCAUUUGGAACAAUUUCUAAAUAAUUGCUCAAGUUCUGUCUCCGGAUCAAUAAAUUAAUAUUUCUAUCAAAGCAUAUUUUUACACUAUCCAGUUUUUCUGCUUCCGGGAAACCUCGGAAAUCGAAAUGCUGGGCGAGCUGUCAGCGUUGCUCCCUUCGAACACAGGCAUCUACUAUCUUAGUUAAAGGUUCGUUUUUCUCCAUUGACUCUGUUCU